UUCUCUUUCACUUUUUUCUUCUCUCACUAUUUGUAGAGUGCUUCGAGAGCACUGCUACACCACCAAACACUCCCUACCACGCCCCUCCGCGCUCUUCUGCGCGCACACGAAGCCUCCCGCUAUGGGCUCCGCCGCCGCUGUCACUGCUCGCCGUAGCUCAUGAUGCCAACUGCCGCCCAUCCCAACCCGCUUGCCUUGCACGCUCCUGCGCCCCCGACCGCCGAUAUGAAUGGCUCUACACACCACCAUCAGCAGUCUUCGCUCUCGGUGCCUGCUUCUGAGCAGUUGCGACCCAACACCGCCGUACCUGCCAAUCCCUCGACAACCAACGAUGCAGACGACCCUCCACCGCCUGUCCGCCCGGCCUCAUCUGGUCACCCACCCGCUCGCCCCAGCUUCGCGCGUGCAAAAAGCGACUUUGGCCCUCGUCAUGCCGUCAUGCCGCCCGAUGGUACCGACGAGGAGAGCAUUGAUGGACACUUCAAGAUUCGCCAUGGCUGGCACGAUCAACUGAACUCAGAGGAGUACAGUAAUCUGCUCACAUCCAACUUCUUCAUGUAUUACACAGACAAGAAGCAUGAGACGGGCGGACACCCCAAGAACGACGACGGCGCGUUUCCUGUCCAGGAAUGGCGCAUGCGAGACCGCCUUAAGACUGUCUCCGCUGUACUCGCCCUCUGCCUUAACAUCGGCGUAGACCCCCCAGACGUCAUCAAGACGAAUCCAUGUGCAAAGGAAGAGUGCUGGAUCGACCCCACCGUCACUUCACAGACACCAGGCCACACACCUAUGAAUCAGAUUGGCAAGGCCCUUCAGACGCAGUACGAGCAGCUUAGCAUGCGCACGCGCUACAAGUUGCUGCUCGACCCUACAACAGAAGAGACGAGAAAGUACACAUCGACGCUGAGGCGCAAUGCCCGCAACGAGCGCGUCUUGUUCCACUACAAUGGCCACGGUGUGCCCAAACCUACGUCAUCGGGUGAAAUCUGGGUGUUCAACAGAAACUACACUCAAUACAUACCCUUGUCACUCUACGACUUGCAAUCCUGGAUCGGCGCCCCCAGUCUCUUUGUCUACGAUUGUUCUGACGCUGGUCUCAUAAUCAGUAACUUCAACCGCUUUGCUGAAAAGCACCAGGCAGAAUUUGAGGAAGCCCGUCGUAGAGACCCUAGCGUCGAGCACGUCGACUUUGCCGAUUGUAUCCAUCUUGCAGCAUGUAGGGAAAAAGAGUCUCUUCCCACAAAUCCAGAACUUCCGGCCGACGUCUUCACUUCCUGUCUGACCGACCCUAUCACUAUGGCCGUGCGAUUUUUCAUAUUGCAGAAUCCCCUUCCAACCAAAGUCAGCCUUCGAGAUGCUCAUAACAUUCCAGGCAAGGUCUCCGAGCGUAGAACGCCUAUUGGUGAAUUGAACUGGAUAUUCACAGCCAUUACUGACACCAUUGCAUGGAACUCUCUUUCCAAACCCUUGUUCAAGAAGCUGUUCCGUCAGGAUUUGAUGGUCGCAGCUCUCUUCCGCAACUACCUUCUUGCACAGCGCGUCAUGCGUGCUUACCACUGUCACCCUGUGUCACAUCCUGAAAUCCCCCAAACACAUGACCACCCGCUGUGGCGCAGCUGGGACCUUGCUGUUGAGCUCAUCUUGGCCCAACUACCAGCGCUUCAAGCUGAAGCUCGCGGUGAACGCGAGUACAACUACAAACACUCUGAUUUUUUCUCGGAGCAGUUAACUGCUUUUGAGGUCUACUUGACCCAAGGUGCAGUCGAACAAAAAGUACCAGAACAGCUUCCCAUAGUGCUACAAGUACUGCUGAGUCAGGUCCACCGACUGCGUGCUCUCAUCUUGCUCUCAAGCUUCCUUGACCAUGGUCCUUGGGCUGUGAAUCUUGCGCUCAGCAUUGGCAUCUUCCCAUAUGUACUAAAACUACUGCAAUCACAAGCAAAUGAACUCAAACCAGUCAUGGUCUUCAUCUGGGCCCGGAUUCUUGCCGUGGAUCAGUCUUGCCAGGCUGAUCUUCUCAAAGAUAAUGGUUAUCAAUAUUUUAUCAGCAUAUUUAACCCCAAUUCUGGAAUCCCAAUACAAAAUGCUAGCGAACACCGUGCCAUGUGUGCCUUUAUUAUUUCCAUGUUCUGCAAGGAUUACAAUCAGGGACAACGCGCCUCGCUCAACACAGAGCUGGUCGAGAGUUGCUUGGACCAUCUCAAAGACAUGCAAAACCCAUUGCUGAGGCAGUGGUCAUGUCUCUGCUUGAGUAAGCUAUGGGUAAACUACGAGGAAGCAAAGUGGGUCGGCAUACGAUGCAUGGCACAUGAGCGUCUAUGCGAGCUUGUCGUGGACCCCGUUGCUGAAGUCCGGGCUGCAAUGCUGCAUGCAUUGGCAUCAUUUCUAGGUAUUCGCGACGUUACACCCCAAGUGGCUAACAUUGAAGAAUCCAUUGCCUCUAUGAUCUUGGUCAUGACGAUGGACGGUAACAGCAUGGUCCGAAAGGAAUUACUCAUCUUCUUUUCAACAUUCGUUGCUCGCUACAAGAGCCGCUUCAUUGUCGCUGCAUUCGAACAAUUCUCGGAGGAGAACACCGAUUCGAGUGCAAAGCAAUCGGAUGACAAAACCGGCGACUCAUUGUACAUGAAGAGCCGAACAGGGACCAUGGGUAUCUCUGAGUCGACAUCCUGCUCGCAGAACACCAUCUACUCGGCGAUAUGGAAAGAACUGUUGGUCAUGUCAGUUGACCCAUACCCAGAAAUUGCGCGCGAUGCUGGAAUUGUCGUUGAUUACAUUUUGAUGGCGUUGAUGGAUUCAUCCCUGGCCAAGUUUGUACAACCGCAAUUGGAUGAGACUCUCCAACACGUGCCAGCCCCUCGACCAAUGCGCCGUGUAGUAGACGAAGGUCCCGCCCCUCAGAAACAAUCGAAUCCCCCGACACCCACAAAGGACUCCACAUACUUAUCUCUUUUUGGCGGUAUCAGGAAAUCUACAAGCGUAGGUGCUUCGCUCAAGAGCCUGUGGGCCAGUCAUGAUUCCGCAGGCCCCAAGCAGGGUUCCUUAGGAAGGACUGGUACAGAGAGUUCGCAGAUGUCUACUGCAUCGCGCCCCCAAACACCGGAGAAGUACAACGCCGAUGAGCAGCCAACAUCUCGGGGUUUCAAGAACCGCAAUCUGGCAGAAAAGCCAGAAAUACCACUGAAGAGUGUAUUCUUUGAAUGGUCUGUGGAAUACUUCAGGGAGCCCCAGAUGAAGCCGACCGAAGCCGACGAGCCGGGCAGCACAGAUUACAAUGGCAGACUUUGGCGCAGGAACCGCAAUGAUAAGAUCAUUGCUGAAACCCAGCCGCUCAAGGAUAUUGCGAUUUCCAAUCGCUGGGAUGUGCCCCGCGGAUAUGUCGAUAACCUCAGCCAGCCUGCAAAGAUGUUCUUCCACCAAUUUGAAGACCAUCUUGUCGUUACCGAUACGCGAGAUACCGUCAACAUCUUUGAUUACUCGAAGUCCGUCAAUCGCAUCAACAGCUUCUCCAACGGGAACCCGCCUGAAUCAAGAAUAACUGAUGUACGAUUCAUCAACGAAGACGACCAGGCACUGUUGAUGACCGGAUCGUCUGAUGGUGUCAUCAAAAUAUUCCGCAACUACGAUCGAAAGGGAGAAACGGAACUUGUUACUGGAUUCCGAGCCCUGACGGAUCUCGUCUCCAGCAACAAGAAUGCUGGGCUAGUAUUUGACUGGCAGCAAGGUAGGGGCUUAAUCUUAGUCGCUGGUGACGUCAAGGUCAUUCGAGUGUGGAAUGCUGGGACUGAAGUGUGCACGAAUGACCUUCCAGCGCGAUCUGGUUCCUGCAUCACAUCAUUGACGUCCGACCAAGUAGAGGGCGACGUGUUUGUCGCUGGCUUCGGCGAUGGUGCCAUACGUGUGUACGACCAGCGCCAAAAGCCUGCUACCGCCAUGGUCAAAGUCUGGAAAGAACACAAGCAAUGGAUUACCAACGUGCAUCUACAGCGUGGAGGACAGCGUGAACUUGUAAGCGGCUGUCGUGGCGGUGAAAUCAAGCUAUGGGAUAUCCGCUGGGACCGCAGUGUGAAGACUAUCCAGGCAACUUCCGAUACUCUUAGAACUCUGAGUGUCCAUGAACAUGCCCCUGUAUUCGCUACUGGCACACAACGACACCGAGUCAAAAUCUUCAACAUCAACAACGGCCAGCCCGUAUCCCACCUCGAGCCUUACUCUGGCUUCCUUCGUGACCGCUCUUCUCCCAUCUCUGUUACCGCUUUCCACCCUCAUCGGCUGAUGAUUGCCGCAGCAGCAGCACACGACACUCAUGUCAACAUUUUCUCGUGUCACGAGCCUAAGAAUACCACGGUCAAAACAGUGAAGCUUUGGGACGGAGGUGCUACUGCAUCGAGUCGAUCAUCCAUACACGGUUGAUCAAGGUUCCCGCUAUCUUUUUGUUUGAUGUUGGAGGAGAGAGGAUGUUGUGACAGUCGCAGGAUUGCGCAGUGGGUUACGUCUUUCUGUAGCGCAUACAGCAGGGCUCAUGGAAGUCCCAUCUUGUUAUUAUACCCAGUCACAUUAAUAACUAAUACGGUAUGAAGUAAUGCACCCA